AUGAAACUCUUAAGUUGGAAUUGUAGGGGGUUGGGGAACCCUCGGGCAAUUCGAGCCUUGUUAAGGCUCAUCCGUAUCCAAAAUCCUCAAGUAGUUUUCUUAAUGGAAACUAGAUUAAAGUCUGAUGAAAUGGAGAGAGUCAGAAUCAAUUGUGGAUUCUCUUCUGGUUUGUUUGUUCCUUGUGAUGGUUUUGGUAAAGAAAGGGCAUGUGAUAUAGCGCUUUUGUGGAUGGAUAGUGUAAACCUGUCAAUUAGAUCUUACUCUCUAAACCAUAUUAUGGGGAGGAUUGAAGAUGUUGAAAGUGGCAAAUAUUGGAGUAUUACUGGAAUUUAUGGGUACCCGGAUGAAACAAAUAAAAAGAAAACAUGGGAUUUGCUGAGAAGUCUUACUCCGGUUGAGGAGGAUAUGUGGUUAUGUUGCGGGGAUUUCAAUGAUAUCCUUUCAAAUGAAGAGAAGAUCAAUCACUUGGCAAGAUUUGGGUCUGAUCAUGCUGCUAUUUCUAUUGAGUUGGAUGUGUGUUUGGAGGAUGCGCAUAAGAAAAAGCUUCAUGUGUUCCGGUUUGAAAAGUGUUGGGCUGAUGAUGACAGAUGUGAAGCAAUGGUUAGAGGCUCCUGGAAUAAUGCAACAGGUUUGGCUAGCAAGAUUGAAGCCAUGCAAUCCCUAGACUCUAAGUUCAAAGAGUACAUAACAUCUGAAAUCAGAAAGGAGCUGUUGGAGAUUGAAACCCAACUCAAUAACCACGCCUCUUGGGAUGGUUCUCCUGAUAAUAUUACAAAGUUCAGAGAGUUGGAAGCUAAACAUUCGGAGCUGCUCCAAACAGAGGAGACUAUGUGGCGGCAGAGGAGUCGAGCAACGUGGCUGAAGGAAGGGGAUAAGAAUUCUAAGUUCUUCCAUGCAAAAGCGAAACAGAGAGGCAAGAUUAACUCAAUAAAAAAGAUCAAGGAUGACAGGGGUGUUUGGUGGAAUGGUAGAGAUAAGGUGGAGAAGGUGCUUGUUGAUUAUUUUGCUGGAUUAUUCACUUCUUCAAAUCCAACAACAGUGGAUCAGACUUGUUUAGUGGUUAAAGAUAGGCUCUCUCCUGAGCAUGUGGAGUGGUGUAACCGUAGUUUCUCCCCAGCUGAGAUCAAGGAUGCGAUUGAUCAAAUGCACCCUCUUAAAGCUCCUGGCCCGGAUGGUUUACCUGCUCUUUUCUUUCAAAAGUACUGGUACAUAGUUGGGAGUGAGGUUGUUUCUCUAGCCUUGGGUAUUCUUAAUGAAGGAAAAUCAACAGAAUGCAUCAACAAAACUUUCAUAGCUUUGAUUCCUAAAUGUAAGAACCCAUCCUCUCCUAACCAAUUCCGCCCCAUAAGCCUAUGUAAUGUGGUGAUGAAAAUUGUUACUAAAACUAUUGCCAACCGGUUAAAGCCAAUCCUUCCGGAAAUUAUGGAUGAGGAGCAAAGCGCCUUUGUUCAAGGGAGGCUUAUUACUGAUAAUGCUAUUAUUGCCAUGGAGUGCUUCCAUUGGAUGAAAAAGAAAACUAAAGGAAAGAAAGGGGUGAUGGCGAUGAAACUCGAUAUGGCCAAGGCAUAUGACCGGAUAGAGUGGUCCUUUGUAAAAUCCAUGCUUCAAUCUAUGAAUUUCCCUGAGAAUAUCAUUAACACUAUUUUGCAGUGUAUCUCCACAGUUUCGUAUCAAAUUCUCAUCAAUGGCCAACCAAGUCGUAGGUUCUUUCCAGAAAGGGGAUUGCGCCAGGGUGACCCAUUGUCCCCAUAUCUUUUCAUUUUGUGUGCAAAUGUGCUCUCGGGUCUCCUUAAGAAAGAAGAAAAGGACAACAAAAUUCAUGGAAUCCGGAUAGCUAGGAAUGCGCCAAAGAUCACCCAUUUACUGUUUGCAGACGAUGGCCUGUUAUUUGCCAGGGCAAGUGUGGAGGAAGCUCAAUGUAUCAUCUCUGUUCUCAAUACUUAUCAGGAUGCUUCGGGUCAAAUUGUGAACUUGGACAAGUCUGAGGUUUCAUAUAGUCGAAAUGUGCUUAAUCAUGAUAAAGAAAUCAUCUGUCAAAGGAUUAAUAUAAAGACUGUGAAUACCCAUUCCAGAUACCUAGGCUUGCCGGUGAUUUUUGGUAGGUCUAAGAAGGAGGUUUUCUCCUUUGUCCAAGAGAGAGUGUGGAAGAAGAUCAAAGGCUGGAAAGAGAAAUGUCUCUCCCGUGCUGGGAAAGAAACUUUAAUCAAAGCAGUUGCUCAGGCUAUCCCAAAUUACAUCAUGAGUUGUUACAAGCUGCCAGAAGGUUGUUGUGAUGCUGUGGAAGGAAUGCUGGCCAAAUUUUGGUGGGCUUCUGAUGAAUACAAGAGGAAAAUUCACUGGAUGAGAUGGGGUAGGCUCGGAGAAACCAAGAAGAGAGGGGGCUUGGGCUUUCGGUCUUUCAGUGAUUUUAACAAAGCUCUUCUUGGAAAGCAAUAUUGGAGACUUUUGGCUGACAAUAAUUCUCUUAUGUCUAGUAUUCUGAAAAGCAGGUAUUUUCCCCGGACAAGCAUUUCUAUCACCAAGGUGGGAUUCCAACCGAGAUAUGCAUGGAGAAGCCUCAUGAAAGCUAGAGAGCUGGUGGAGAACGACGCUCAUUGGGUGAUUGGCAACGGCAGAACUGUUCGGAUUUUUAAAGACAACUGGAUUCCUGGAACACGGUGUACUCCGAUUCAGAGAACAGAAGGUACAGUUGAUGAGGAUGCAGUCGUAGCUGAUCUUAUCGUUCACGAAACUCGUUCGUGGGAUAGAGAAAGAAUUAUGGCUUCAUUCAACAGCUUCAUUGCGAAGAAAAUCCUUAGCAUCCCAAUCUCUUUUAGACUUCCUGAUGACAAAGUUACGUGGCAAUGGGAGAAAUCAGGUGAAUACUCAGUUAGGUCAGGCCACCACUUACUGUGUGAGAACAAAUCUAAAGAAGUGGCUGAAUCCUCCUCAGUGAGAGGAUCUGAUAUUUGGAAGCAGAUAUGGAAUUUCAAUGGUCCCAGGAGCGCCCAAAAUUUCCUUUGGCGGCUUGCUAGCAACAUUCUCCCUACCAGAUGUAAUCUCAGUAAAAAAGGUAUAUCUCUGGACCAAUCGUGCCCUCUUUGUAACUCUGGUCUGGAAGAUUUGAAUCAUCUCUUUUUGCACUGUCCGGCUGCGAAAGCUGUUUGGUUUUCAUCUCCACUUGGAAUUCAUAUUCCUCCCAACAGUAUGUGUAGAGAGUGGAUGGAACUUUGGUUGAAGAAGGAUGACCCUCUAGCUGUCCAGGUUUUUGGUAUUACCCUUUGGCGGUUGUGGCAGGGAAGGAACCAAUUGAUUUUUAAGAACUCACCUUUUGACCCUGCCUUAAUUGCGCAGUCAGCAGUGCUUCUAGUUGAAGAGUUUAAUUUGGCUAAUAGAAAAGCAGCGUGUCAUCCAAUCUCCCGCGCUCCCACUCGGUGGUGCCCUCCUCAGACAGGUACUGUCAAGAUCAAUGUGGAUGCUGGAGUUUUCACAGAUGGCAGCACAGGUUGGGGUUUUGUUGCUAGAGAUCACCAUGGUGCUGUUCUGUUCUCUGCUACUCGUAAGGAAGAGAUGAUGGUGACCCCGCUCGUGGCUGAGAGGCUUGCGCUUAGAUGGUGUUUAAGCUGGGCGGAAGGGGAGCAAUUCACAAGCCUGUGUAUAGAGACUGAUGCUGAACAGGUUGUUCAUUGCCUACUUCGUAGGAAGAAAAUUGCAGCUAUUGAGUUUCUAAUCCUAGACUGUUUAGAUUAUUUGUCACGUUUUAGCACUUGUUCUGUUAAUUUUGCUGGAAGAAGUUGUAAUCAAGUAGCCCAUAGCCUUGUGGGAUUGGCAAAAACAGUUGGAAAUAUAUGUUGGGUGGGGGUUCCUUGCAAAAAGCAUGGAGGAGUUAGGUUCAGUGUGAAUGGAAGGGACUACUUUGAGUUAGUGUUGAUCAGCAAUUUGGCUGGUGCUGGUUCAAUCCAAUCUGUUUCCAUUAAAGGUUCCAAAACUGAUUGGAUGGCUAUGUCAAGAAAUUGGGGUGCAAAUUGGCAAUCCAAUGCUUAUUUGAAUGUUCAAUCUAUGUCCUUCAAGGUCACAACUACCGAUGGAGUAACCAGAACUUUCCAAGACAUUGUUCCUUCCAAUUGGGGAUUUGGUCAAUCUUUCUCUAGCAAGAUCCAGUUCUAA